AGAGAAGACAUACAGUGAAGACGAACAGUGCAGUACGUUCAUUCGACAACCCGAGUUCCAUACAACAGUGAAAGUUUAUUUCCUCGACAUACCCAUCAGCAAAUAGCCGUUCGCGGUAUGUCUUUUUUUGACUGCGAAUUCUUCGACAUCACCAGCGGGAAACUCGAGGGUCAAUUAUUGGAUUACAAUCAUCCACCAUUAAUGAGUGGCGACACUCUACCGUUUACUGACAACUACGACUACUAUCCAGAACAUUUAGAAGUAUCGGAAACUUCUAUGGAUCUCGAGCAGGCGAUGAUAGAGUCCAACAUCGAAAGCGUUGCAGAUUACUUAUCUCACUCGACCGGCUAUCAGCCUCAACCGGUGGUGAAACGCGAGAUAACUCAUUUGCAAGAGGAUGAAGACAGCCGUUGUUUGCCUAGCACGUUAACCGAAGCAAAUGAUUAUUCCUCGAUCGCAGUGCCAAGCCCUUAUGGCACAUCCGUGUCGAGCCCUGCAGGUCGUUCGACGACCAGCAGCACGACUUCAACAAGUCGCCGAUACAAGACGGGCAGCAAAAACGUCAGCAAGGACAGUGAUGAAUACAAACGCCGUCGCACACUCAACAACAUCGCUGUGAAGAAGUCACGAGAGAAGGCCAAGGCAGAAUCACGCAUGGUAGCCCAGCGCGUCACCGUCCUGUCUGCCGAUAAAGAGAGACUAGAAAGACGUGUCGAACAGCUCUCCAAAGAAAUCCAGUUCCUCCACGGGCUUUUCUCCAAGUUCAGCGACAUUCCCGAGCCCAUCAAACUCCAAGUCACAAACGCUUUUGCUCGCCUUCAAAGCCAUCCCAGAUAACCCAACAUGAGCAUUCUCAGCCAAUCAGACACCCACUUAAUAUAAUUAUUUAAUCAAAGACAACAGAAUUCACCAUUGCGUGCCACGAGUUCAUAUUCGAUUGUUGUACAUAGUUGAUACUUUUGCUAGUUACUUGUUGUUAAUGUAAUAUUUUUUGAAUGGUGUUCAACACUUUGACAUUUUUUUACGUGGUUGAACUUCUCAGAUUUACUUACAUUUAACUGUGUUUUUUUGACCGAUUUAUUUUCAAAUAAAAAUGACACGAAACAACCCACAUGCGAUCUAUGGAUUCACCAAUCGUUUUUGUACAUCGUAGAAUUCCUGCAUCCUUUGUACUUCAAGAUGCAAAGAUUAACAAUACAACGAAUAUGUAUUUUA